AUGUCUUUUGGCACCAACAGUAAAACCGGAUUCUCCGUGCGUGACAUCCUGGAUCUCCAUGAUCCGACCGGACGGUUCAACAGCAGUAAAGCUGGAGGUGCUGCAGGGGCAGGAGGUGCAGGAGGUGCUGCUGACCCCGGGACCGAGGAGACUCAGGGGGGAGACCCUGAGUCUCAGCAGAGAGUUGCAUUUAGUGGCGGCAGCGCUGAAUCUGGAGGUGGAGGAGGAGGUGAAGGAGGUGGCGGAGGGGGAGUCCUGUGCGGGUGGAGCCGCGGCUCAGACCUUCACUUCUCACUCCACGGACUCUCUUUAAAGUCUCGUCCAGAGUCCAAACCUCCGGACCUGCUCAGAGAUCCAGGACGGGGCUCAGCGGCUGCGGGGCCGCAGAAGAGCCGCAGCUGCAGCAGGAAGCGGCGGGUUCUCUUCUCCAAGGCCCAGACCCUGGAGCUGGAGCGGCGCUUCCGGCAGCAGCGCUACCUGUCGGCGCCGGAGAGGGAGCAGCUGGCCGGUCUGAUCCGCCUCACCCCGAACCAGGUCAAGAUCUGGUUCCAGAACCACCGCUACAAGAUGAAGCGAGCGCAGGCCGAGCGCGGUCUGCAGGAGGCGCUGCAGCUGCUGCCGACACGCCGGCUCGCGAUCCCGGUGCUGGUCCGGGACGGCAGGUCCUGCUGCGACCGCAGCUCAGCGGCGGCGGCGCAGGUCGACCUGCAGGCGGCGCAGUUCCGCCACAGGAGCGGGCUGGGCCUCCCUCUGUGCGCGUACACGCCGCUGCUUCACGCGGCCUGCGGCCCGCAGCAGCCCGGUCUGCCGCAGCCGCUGGCCCACAUUUACCAGUGGAGCUGGUGA